AUGCCUAGUGCUACAAGCACCUCCCGGCCAUCCGCGCCGAUUGUCAUAGGUCCAACCACCAAAUCCGCAACUCGCCCAACUGUGCCGCUUCCAUCAUACCUGAUUGAGGAAGGUCGGCUGAAGGAAAAGGUGACUUUCGACGCUGCAAGCCAUUUAGCGUUUGAGCCUCCCGCCAAUGUUGUAUCCAUGAACGACAUCGGGCUUGACGGCCAAGGCAUUUCUCAAACUGCAGUGUCGGACCCUUUCCCUCUGUUUACACAAAGUGCAAUACAGCAGAUUAGAGCAGAGGUGUUUAGCGAAAAUGUCUUAAAAGAUUGUCAAUUCUCUUCUACCUUUAGUAGGUACAUGAUACGGGGCAUGGGUCCAGCUCGAGCUCCAUUCACAUACUCGGCCUGGAACUCUCCAGAGCUAGUCUCAUAUAUUUCGCGGGUCGCAGGCGUGGACCUCAUCCCAUCCAUUGACUUUGAGAUUGCCACAAUUAAUGUGUCUGUCGACGAUUCAACCGAGACUGUAGCUCCCAGAAUUUGCGAAAAUCCCGAGCCGCUUGCUGAUGGAGUUUCUGCCGUCGCAUGGCACUAUGACAGUUUUCCUUUUGUUUGUGUCGUUAUGCUGUCCGAUUGUCAGGGAAUGGUAGGUGGAGAAACAGCGUUAAGAACGGCGUCGGGUGAUGUUAUGAAAGUUCGGGGGCCGGCCAUGGGUACAGCCGUUGUACUACAAGGAAGGUAUAUCGAGCACCAGGCAUUGAAAGCCUUUGGGGGCAAAGAACGCAUCUCCAUGGUCACCUGCUUCAGACCCAGAUCUCCUCAUCUCAGGGAUGAAACUGUCCUAACCGGUGUGAGAGGGAUAAGCGAUAAGUCAGAAUUGUACUCGCAGUAUCUCGAGUACAGGCUCGAGAUGAUGGAGGAGCGCAUACGACUCAAAAUGAAGGAGGAACGAAGGCGCCAGGUUGCCGCGUUGCCGUUCGAUGUUGCUGAUGUGAGGAAUUGGCUGGUGGAGCAGCGGGAAUACAUCGACAGCAUGAUAGGUGAGAUGAUUGAGGAGUAG